ACAACUACAAUAAACAAAUUACACUUCAAUGGAUGAACAAGCACUUAGUUUGAGAUAUUUUUAUGCAAAUUUAGUUGGGGAUAAAGUAAAAAUGAUGCAGUGGCUAAUGGACUCCGGUAUUUUGGCCAAGAGAUAUAUAUGUCCUAAAUGUGGAAGAGAUAUGAAGUUGGCUCAAAAGCAAGAUAAACAUGAUGGGGUAGCUUGGAAAUGUAAAAUACAAAGUGGUCCACUGGUUGGUUUUCAUAGUGUACAAAGAACUGUCAGAAAAGGGACAUGGUUUGAAACAAGUCAUCUUUCUUUUGAUAAAAUAGUAAUAUUAACCUUUAUGUGGAUUACCCAAUGGAACUAUGAGAGUAUUAGUGAAGAAUUAGAAGCCAGUGGCACAACUGUUUCUGAUUGGACAAGUUAUUGUAGAAAUGUGUGUUUUGAACUAUGUGUUAACGAAAGUGAAGUAUUAGGAGGACCUGGAGUUAUUGUAGAGUUUUACGAAAGUGUAUUUGUACAAUUAAAAUUACCUAGAGAAAAGAAAAGAGAGGAAGAGUGGGUGUUUAGUGGAAUAGAACCAGCAACUGCUAAGUUUUUCAUCUGUGUAGUGCCCCGGUGCAGUAAGAAUGCCUUAGUAAAGGUUAUAAAAGAAUGGAUAAAACCUGGAACAAUUGUCCUUAGUGAUUGCUGGAACACAUAUGAUUUUUUUGAGGAUGAUGAGUUUUCUGAGCUAAGAGAAAAUAGCUCUAUUGAAUUUAACAGUCUGUCCGAAUCAGAGUCAGAUACUUUAGAAUCUAACAGCCAAUCACAGUGGAAUGAAAUUAAAAAAAGCCUUAGCUCUCCUCAGUUUAAUAUCCACUUUUUUGAAUACAUAUGGAGACAAAAGCACAAAAAUGACCCGUGUAUGUUCAUGUCUUUCAUGAAUGGUGUUACAAAUGUUUUUCCACCUCAGUGCCAAGAUGUACCUUUCCCUGGCAACCAAGUAUUAUCCACAUAGAGAUGAAAUAUUUUUGCUAACAUCUUCUGCCCCCUUUUAUGCUUUCUUCUUAGUCUCAUCAAAUUAGGUAGUUUGAAUUAAGUUUUUUUAUACCGUCCCUGGAAACUGGAUAAUUCACAAACAUUUUUUUGCUUUUCGAUAAGUUUGUGUGAUUCCUUAUCAAAUUUUAUAAAUCCUAAAAUCAUUUGGGUUACAAAUUAACGGAAAUGUUAAUCAAAACAGGUGCUAUGACAUUGGCAAUUACCCCACUUCACAUGGUACAGUGGAUGAAGCUUAAAUUUUACAAUGUACUUGCAAUUUUUUAUAUUAUAAAACUGAACUGAGUCAUUGACUUUUUCCAAGACAGCAUCUGACAAAUUUAAAUACAAUGUCCAUCAAAUAAAUGCUACUUGUUGGGGCUGAUUUAAUUUCUUCAAAAAUGAUUUUUUCUUGUGUCAUUAAUAUUAUUUAUUAUGCAUUGGUUAACCUUUCAUUUCUGUGUUGUUUCUUUAAUCUGGAAAAGGUAAAAAUUGUAACAGUUAAAAUUCAAGAAUGUUGUUGCUUAUUAUUAUGGUCUGUAACUACUAAAAGAACAAAAAUAAAUCUCCAAGCUAUUCCACUGACCGUAUUCUACCAAUAAUUUAAUCAAAUUAGUUCUAUCAGAUAAGUGAAUAUACACAUUUUAAUAUUGUGCAUAUUAUAUAGAUCUAGCAUUGGUUUAUUUAAAUAGUAGUUUUUAUAGGCGUAUUUGAAUAGCAUUGUUAUAGUUAUA